CCGCGGGGAUGCUCCGCUGCAUGCCCCCGCUGUGGCGCUGCAACCGGCAGGUGGAGGCGCUGGACCGGCGCCACUGCUCGCUGCAGGCCGUGCCCGACGACGUCUACCGCUACAGCCGCUCCCUCGAGGAGCUCCUGCUCGACGCCAACCAGCUCCGAGAGCUGCCCAAGCCUUUCUUCCGACUCCUCAACCUGCGCAAGUUGGGCCUGAGUGACAAUGAGAUCCAGCGCCUCCCUCCUGAGGUGGCCAACUUCAUGCAGCUGGUGGAGCUGGACAUCUCCCGCAAUGACAUUCCGGAAAUCCCAGAAAGCAUCAAGUUCUGCAAAGCCUUGGAAAUCGCGGACUUCAGCGGGAACCCCUUGUCCAGGCUCCCCGAGGGCUUCACGCAGCUGCGCAGCCUGGGCCACCUGGCCCUGAACGACGUGUCUCUGCAGUGCCUGCCCGGCGACAUCGGCAAUCUGGCCAACCUGGUGACCCUGGAGCUUCGCGAGAACCUGCUCAAGUCCCUCCCUGCCUCACUCUCAUUCCUCGUCAAGCUAGAGCAGCUGGACCUGGGAGGCAACGACCUGGAGGGGCUGCCAGACACGCUGGGGGCGCUGCCAAACCUGCGGGAGCUGUGGCUGGACCGGAACCAGCUCUCGUCUCUUCCCCCGGAGCUGGGCAACUUGCGCCGCCUGGUUUGCCUGGAUGUCUCUGAGAACAAGCUGGAGCAGCUGCCCAGUGAGAUCAGCGGGCUGGUGGCUCUGACGGAUCUGCUCCUCUCACAGAAUCUGCUGGAGAAUAUUCCUGACGGGAUUGGCCAGCUGAAGCAGCUCUCCAUCCUGAAGAUUGACCAGAACCGGCUGCUGGAGCUGACGGAGGCCAUUGGGGAGUGUGAGAAUUUGUCCGAGCUCAUCCUGACGGAGAACAUGCUGACGGCCCUGCCCAAGGCCCUGGGGAAGCUGGCGAAGCUGACAAACCUCAACGUGGACCGGAACAGGCUGCUGGCUCUGCCCCCUGAGAUAGGGGGGUGCAGCAGCCUGAACGUGCUCUCUCUCCGCGACAACCGCCUGGAGCUCCUGCCGCCCGAGCUGGCAAGCACCACGGAGCUGCAUGUGCUGGAUGUGGCCGGCAACAGGCUGCAGCACCUGCCUUUUGCCCUGACCAGCCUCAGCCUGAAGGCGCUCUGGCUGACCGAGAACCAGUCGCAGCCGAUGCUGAAGUUCCAGACGGAGGACGACGAGAAGACGGGAGAGAAAGUGCUCACCUGCUACCUCCUUCCCCAGCAGCCGUCCCCCAGCCUGGAGAACCUCCUGCAGAGCAGUGUGGACGAGAGCUGGACAGAUACCAACCUCAACCGGGUCAGCGUGAUCCAGUUUGUGGAUGAACCCCGGGUGGACGAGGAGGAGGAGGAGGAGCUUGGGACCGAGAAGAGGGGUCUGCAGCGUCGUGCAACCCCUCACCCAAGUGAGCUGAAGUCCAUGAAGCAGGCGAUCGAAGGACGGCGCAGUGAGGCUUACGCUGCCCGAGCGGGUCUGGACCGGGACUCUUCCAACCCAGGGGACAAAAGACUGAGUGCCACAUCCAACCAGAGUGAGGAAUCCCAGGUCUCCAGCAGCACGAUCUCGGCUGGCUGCCAGGAGGAGCCAGGAAGGAACGUGCAGCAGGCAGCAGGGUCAGCAGAGGUGUUGAGUGCCGGGGCCGAGGAAGAGGCCGUUCAGCAGCAGGAAGAGACAAGCAGAGAAGAGGAGGAGGAGGAGGCAACGGGAGAGCGAGAGGAGGAGCACGAGGUGGAAUACAAUGAGCCCUCCGUGCAUUUUGCCGAAGACACUCUUGUUCGCAGCGAAGAUGAUGAAGAAGAGGAGCGCCGGUUCCCAGCGGGGAAGCAGCGCUUGAUCCGCAAGGAUACCCCCCACUAUAAGAAGCACUUCCGGAUUGCUCAGCUGCCUCAGCCUGAAGCAGUGGUGGCCCUCUUGCAAGGGUUGAACCCUGACGGGGGGGCCCCACCGCCGGCAGCGGAGGAGGAGGAGGAGGAGGAGGAGGAAGAGGGGCUGCACAACAACGGGUGGGGUGAAGAGGAGCCCAAGGAGGAGGCCCCAGCUGCUCCGCCCUCCAUCAAGGGGGUGUCGUUUGAUCAAGCCAAUAAUCUGCUGAUUGAACCUGCUCGCAUUGAGGAGGAAGAGGAGGCUUUUGUGAUACCAAAGGACGGGGAGCGUGUGACGGAGGGAGAGUCCGAGGGGCUCCGGCUUGGGGGGGAGGAAGCCUCUGCAGCAGGCGGCAGCCUGACUCGCCUCCUCCUCCCUCCCUCCCAGGGGAUUUUCAUUUCGCGGCUCGCAGAAGGGGGUGCGGCACAUCGGGACGGCACCCUGCACGUGGGAGACAGGGUCCUCUUGAUCAACGGGGUAGACAUGACAGAAGCCAGGCAUGAUCAGGCCGUAGCGCUGCUUACCGCCACCUCGCCCACCAUCACGCUGCUGGUCGAGAGGGAGGCUGCCGCUCCUCCGCCCAGUGAGGGAGACCAGGCCUCGGGGCAGCGCGUUCGGGUCCACUCCCCACCACCCCCCGCCCUGCAGGGGAGCCCGCCCGAGGAGUCCCGCCGUAGCCACCCGCCCCAGGCCCUGGAGAGCCAGUACCCUGUGGAGGAGGUGUGCCUGGUCAAGGCCGGGGGCCCGCUUGGGCUCAGCAUUGUCGGGGGCAGUGACCACUCCAGCCACCCGUUUGGGAUCCACGAGCCAGGGGUCUUCAUUUCCAAGGUGAUUCCACGGGGACUGGCAUCCCGCAGUGGGUUGCGGGUGGGUGACCGGAUCCUGGAGGUGAACGGCAUCGACCUCCGCCAUGCCACGCACCAGGAGGCCGUGAGCGCCUUGCUGUCCAGCACCCAGCAGCUGAGGAUGGUGGUCAGGCGAGACCCACCCCCACCCGGGAUGGAGGAAAUCUGCAUUGAGAAGAGGCCUGGGGAAAAACUCGGGAUCAGCAUCCGCGGCGGUGCCAAGGGCCACGCAGGGAACCCCUUUGACCCCACGGACGAGGGCAUCUUUAUCUCCAAGGUCAGCUCUGUCGGUGCCGCCGCCCGCGACGGCCGCCUGAAAGUGGGCAUGCGCAUCCUGGAGGUGAACCACCAGAGCCUGCUGGGCAUGACCCAUGCCGAAGCGGUCCAGAUCCUGCGUGCCGUCUGCGACCCUCUCCUGGUGCUGGUCUGUGAGGGGUUUGACCCCAAGGCUGUGGCUGCCCUGGAGAUGUCCCCGGGGAUCAUUGCCAAUCCGUUUGCGGCCGGCAUGGGCCACAAGAACAGCCUGGAAAGCAUUUCCUCCAUCGACCGGGACCUCAGCCCGGAGGAGCUGGAUCUCCUCCAGGAGGGGACGCCUGCUCUUCUCCCUUCUCUUCCCACUUGGUGGUGCCUCUCCCCACCCCCUGACCCCUCUGCCUCUCUCUUUGCUUGUGCCGCCCUGAUUCUGCCUGUCGCUGGGAAGGAGAGGAUGCGCAGGGAGCGGGAGAUGGCUGCGCAGCUGCUAGCGGAAGCCGUGGAGGACGCCGGCGUGGAGCCCCUGCAGCUGGAUUACCGCACCCUGGCAGCACUGCCCAGCAGCGGCCUCCCGAAAGCCACGCGUGGCCUUCCUUGUUGUGAAAUGGAAGGGGACUCCCAGGAGGUGCUCCCUGCGCCAGAGACUUGUGUCCCCCACCACACCCCCACCUCGAACCCAGGCCCAACGAGCAGCGUAGCCCUCUCGGCAAGUGGGGUUUCCCUCGUGGGGCAGCCCGGCGAGGAUCCUGCCCCCGGCCGGGAGGAGGCGGAGGCAGAGGAGAGCCUGGUGGACUCCCAGCCCAUCCCCUUCAGCGCCAACCCCUUUGUCGUGGCCAACCGGCAGGGCAGAGCCAGCGGGAAGGCGUGCUUGGGGGGCCCUCCCCUCGGCUACGGCCAGGGCGGAGUCCUGCGGACCAGUCUCUACGCCAAGAUGCCGGCAGGGGAGACGGAAGUGGGCACUGUGCGGCGAGACUCUCCUUACUCUCCUGGGAGCCAGCAGGCACCUGCUGCCCCCCGGCCUGCCUACCUGGUGGGCAGAGAGACCCGCUUUGCCUCCCUGCACGGCACGCCUGCCCACCCGGAGAGCCAGUCGACGAAGCCAGGGUCCAUCCAGCCGCUGUCCCGCAUGCGGGGGCCCCCAGCUGCCUUGGAGGGCAGGGACAGUCCCAAUCCGUUCCAGCAGCCUGAGCUCUGCUCCAGGACCCACAACUCUUCCCCCGGUCCUCCAGUGCCCGAGGAGAUCUCGCUCAACGCCAAGCAGGCCUAUAAGGCCUUUGCAGCGGUUCCAGUUUCGCACCCGCUCCUGGAGCUGGAGGUGAGGCUGGCGCUGUGGCCCGGCGCGGGGUGGGGAGCAAGCGAGGAAAGCUGUCCUGCGGCCCCCCUGCAGGUGCCGUUGCCCGGAGGCUUGCACAGCCCGGAGCAGAGGUCCUUCCGUGAGCGGCAGAAGUACUUUGAAGUGGAGCUGAAGCAGCAACCGGCUGAGAAGCCCCCCAAGCGGGUGUCCCUCGUGGGAGAAGAGGACUUGAAGAAAAUGAAGGAGGAGGAAGCUCGCAAACUCCAGCAGAAGCGCGCCCAGAUGCUGGAAGAGGAGCAGGAGGAGGCUGGCGUGGGAGAGUGGCCGGCAGAGGCGGGUUCUCCGUCAAGCGUCAUGAUCGAGGGAGUCGAGUACAAGGUUGAGAAGCUGGACGGGAGGGCCUUCCUGUCCCCGGCGGCCUGGUCUCCGGAGCCGGACGGACCCGCCGGCUCCCAGAGGAACUCCCUCAAGGAAGGCUCUCAGCCAGAGCAGCAGCCCCCGUCCGUGCCCGGGCUGCGCCCCGUGCCUCCCAGAGGGGGAGAGUGGAGCCUGCCCGUGAGGACAGCCAAAGCCGAGCGGCGGCACCAGGAGCGCCUGCGGGUGCAGAGUCCGGAGCUCCUCACCACCACCGCUCAGGAGGCCAGGAGGGAGCUCUCUCCAGCAGAGCGGCGGGCCCUGGAGGAGGAGAAGAGAGCCAUGUGGCGAGCAGCCCGGAUGAAGUCUCUGGAGCAAGACGCUCUCAAGGCCCAGAUGGUGAUUGCCAAAUCCAAGGAGGGCAAGAAGCGCAGCACACUGGAGCAGCUGGCAGAGCCCCCCCCGCCCGCCCCCACGCCCUCGCCAACCCCCCUGGAGGACUGCGGCUCCCGGAGCAUCGCUUCGCCAGGCAGGCUGUCUGUGCCUGAAAAGAAGUUUGUCUACAGGGAAUUUGCCGCCAUUCCUUCUUCCAAACCUGUUUAUGAGAUCCAGACUCCCGAUGGCGGCAGAGCCUGCAGACUCCUCCACGAUGCCAGCGGCUCAGCGAGCCAAGAGAAGGACGGAGAGGCGGAGGACCAGGAGGUCUUAGUGCCGCACGGCCCCUCGACCCCCGGCGCCUCCCCUCGGGAGGAGCUGGGCCUCUUCAGCAGCAAGCACAAGCUCCGGCAUGCUCAGCACGGCCUGGAAACGGCUGUUCCAACAUAGAGGUCCCGCCCUCUGGGCCAACGCCAGAACCAAGCGAGGGCGCCCGCCCUGCGGACCGUGUGGACUGGCACCGGCUGCUGCCUCCUCCUCGGUGACACUGGACAGAACCGAGCCCCCCGAAGGCUCAACAACCUCCUUUCAGGCUGUGAAUCUUCCUCCUCUCCUCACGAUGCCCUCUGGGGCAGGUUCCGAGCAGACCAGGGCUAGCCGGGGCUUAGGAGGGAGGGAGCUCUGGUGUGCAGUGUGUGUGAACUAUUGUAUGGGAGCACAUGGGAGCGUGAGAGCAAGCGGCAGCUGCUUCCUGAUGACUGGCACGGGCCCUGUCCUUAGCCCCAGCAGGUAUUUGCCAAAUGGCCAGUGGGCCAGUCACACACUGAGCGGCGGCGGCGGCGGUGGGGGGGGGAGUGGCGUGAAGGACAGAGCCCUGUUGCCAACUGGCCAAGGAGAGAAAGGGCCUUCCCGGUUUCUGCCACCGCCCUCCUCCUCCGUGGGGGACGGGUGUGAUACGGAGCACAGGGCGUGGCCUGUUUUACAGAGAGGGGUGUGUGCAUGUGUGUGUGUGUGUGUGUGUGUGUGAAGCAGCAGUGGCACAUCAGGCCCACUUCCACACGAGGUCAGGAGGCAAGCGCUGUGGUGCCUGCCCAGCAGGAGCAGAGCUAGAGCAGUGGGGGAGCAGAGUUUAGGGGCCGACUAGUGAGUUUAGAAUGUGGUGAUGCAGGUAGAAGGUGCAGAUAAGUGGCGGGGAGGGGGGCAGGGGUUUGGAGUGGAGUAGUGCAGGAUAGAGGACGGUGGGUAGCGGAGUGGCUCAGCAAGCAGGCACCAGAGAGGUCUCAAUGGCGCACCACCACGCUCCACGGAGGGCCAGGGGGAGGGCGCAUGGCUCACCUUCGGUGGCCCCGCCCUCUUCCCGCUUCGUCGGCCCGUCCCGGGAAAGGGGCGGGGGGAGAAGGACGCAGAAGGGCGACUGGUGGCUGUGGGCCCCGGUGACUUAGCCGCCACUAUGCCAGUGGUGGGAAAUGGAGGGACUGGAUCCGGCCCCGUGUUCGCGCCCUGCCUGCGCAAUCUCUUGCGCGCUGGCUCCACCCGCCGAAAGCCAGUGCGCGGAAUCCCUCGCCAUGCCAAAAUCAACGGGCUGUUUUAUCCAGACAUGUGAGCUCAGUUGGAUGAGGGCUCCUCGAUGUCUCCGUGGUGGCUGCUUCUACAUCAACAGUUAGAGCUUUUGGAUUUUAAUCUAAUUUUAGCCUUUGCUUUUAAUGAGCAAUUUUGGGGGUGAUCCGGAGGGUUUCUUUGACUAACUUAUGACUUCUCUAGGUGCUGGGCUGUGGCAUAUCUGUUCUCUCCCGGGACACUCCACGGGAGUUAAGACUGUAACUAGUGACAUUUGUACAACCAAAGAAAUCUAUUUUGUGGUUCC